AUGUUGAUUAGUCAAUCAGUUGUUAUCCAUAUAUUUGCUGUUCUUGGGUUCUCCGAGUUCGGCACCUCCAUAAGGCUUGACUCGUUCAACCGCGACGGCAUCUCCAAGGCCGACGCCUCCAUAUUCGUCGACUGGUUCGACCGCGACGGCAUCUCCAAGGCCGACGCCUCCAUAUUCGUCGACUCGUUCGACAUAGACGGCAUCUCCAAGGCGCACGCCUCCAUAUUCGUCGACAAGCCUGAUUGCUGCAACAACACUUUCGGCAGCGAGAUCGGCACUACUGGUGGCAGCGACUCUGACACCGCUGGCAUCGGCGCUACUGGCAGCGACAUCUUCACUACUGGCAGCGAGAUCGGCACUACUGGCAGCGGCAUCGACACUACUGGCACGAGUACUGGCAGCGAGUUCGGCACAACUGGCGACAACAGCAACGUGGACAUGGAUCAGUUCGAGGAGUUGGAGGUGGAGGAGGCGCCAGCUCCAGCAGCAGCAGCAGCAGCUCAGCAGGCGCAGCUCCCUUUCGCGUUGGACCAGUUCGAGGAGUUGGAGGUGGAGGAGGCGCCACCAGCAGCAGAAGCAGCACCGAGACGGAAGCCAUCGUGGUCGGCCGAGGGCGUCGGCCACGCGAGGGAGGUCAAGUUGAAGAAAGCUGUGAAGGAGCUCAAGCAGAAGUUGAAGGUUGGGGUGGUGGGCUUCAGCGCACCUGCGACGGUUCAUCCGCACCGUCGCUUCGCCAACCCAGCAAGCUGCGUUGGCGAGGCCAUCAUCAGGAACGUUUCCACCAUGGUGCCAGGCUCGGAGCUGAUCACUGGGAGACCUGGGACGGCGCUGGGGAGGAAGCGCAAGGUCGAGGCGGGCGACUUCCAGCUGGCCACGCGGGCCGUCUUCCUCGAGCUCAAACGCAACAUCAACAUCGGAGUGAAGCACAAGCGCAUCCAGACAGUUGCUUGUGCAGUUGCUCGGCUGCGGCAGGAGAAGGCUCUCAAGCAUUGCUUCGAGAAGAGCGCGGUGGCCAUCGAGCUCUCCGGCGACAACAUAGUUCAUGCGUCUGGAGGACACAUGUGGGACGAGGUGGAGGUGAAGCAGGCGUGGCGCCCGUCGAAGAAGUACCGCGUACUGAGGAAGAACGUUGCACAGCCAACAUUGGUGCAGCGCACCACCGUCAACCUGAGCCUCGUCAACCUCAGCCGCAAGGAGGGGAGGCAGUUUCAAACGUAUUGGGUAUCUCAGCCCACGGAGGUCGGCGGCACGAAGGCGAUGCAUUUACUUCCUGGCAUUCUGAAGGGCAUGCCAGAGCAGUGGGAUUUCCAAAAGGUAGCGAAGCUGACCGAGACGCUCGGCGCAGUAUCGAGCCUGACGUUCAUGCCAAUGUGCGACAAGGCCAGCAGCAACGUGAGCAUCAUGAAGAUGUGGGCGGGCGCCGAGCAGCAGUUUAAGGAAGCGUUGCCCGAGCUUGGCAAGAAGUUGCUGUAUUUUCCAGAUACGUGCGGUAUACAUUCACACCACCGCGGCAAGCUGGCACUCAAAGGACUGCGCCCACACACCAUGAGACACUAUUCGAUAGCGUCGAUGUCUAGAUACAGAGGCAACCUCUCGCGGUGCAUCCACGGCAUCGAGAAUAUCGUUCAGUCUCAACUUCAUCGGGAGGUUGGCCCAGCCCCUCCAUUCCCCGACACGCUGGAACGAGUGGCGGACUUCCUUUACGACUUCAGCGCUGGUCACCACAGACGACCAGGCAAGGGCGGCAAGGGCGACGGCGAGUCGCAGCUUCUGAAGGACCUGAAAGGUUUGACCGUCAUGGCCAACGGCAGCCUUACGGCAGAGAAGUGGACGCACUGGUGGUGGGGCGCCUCCCUGCAGCGCCCGUGCUGCAGAUCGCUGCAGGACCCCGUGGAGAAGACGACGGUUGCAGCAGUCCACGCUCUUUACGGGAGCGCGGAUCCGCGGCCAGCCGAAAGCCGUUGGACUCAUUUACUUCCCAGCUUCAAGCGCACGUUGGUACGCAUAAUCCUACAUAGAGUUGGGCUGGACUGCUUCGCUGAUACCAUCAAAGAGGGCGAGCUCGACGGACUGGACGGGCAGCAGUUCGGCGUGGAUCAGGAGGGUACCGACGCGUUCUUCAAGCACAUCAUUCGGGUGCGGACCAACAAGGUAAGGGACUACUACGCCGGCGACCGCAACAUGUACAAGUUAGUUGUAUUCACGGCCGUUCUCGAGGCCAGCGAUGGCAACUUACUGUAUCCACUUCUCGGCGAUGCGAUCAAGGAUAAGGCCGAGGAGAAGAGCAAAUUGGAUACGCUCCUCGGCGGGGACUCCGUCAUCGGGCGCUUCAGCCAGGACAUGCUGGGCCUUUUAGAUUCUUGGAACACUGGAGAUCGUACGCGGCGCCCGUGGAUGCUACUUGAUAUUCUUGGCGCGCCCUUGACCGACCAGGUCUUUUCAAGAUGGGCCAGGGGGCAGAUUGUAAAGCUGACCACGGUCAUGCAUCGCAGGUACGAGAGUCGGUUCAGCGCCUGGCCUUAUAUGCUCUACCCUUUAUCAUACGGCCGCUCCACGGAAGCAGACAAGAAGAGGGUAGCUCGUGAGGCACUCGACGCACCUGACUACAUGAUCGACUGCUACACCAGGGGGAUUCGCAACCUCUUCCCGUCGGACGCUGCAUUGUUAUCAACGCACUGCCGAACGGUUCUUGCUGCCGACUUCAGGGCGCAUUGCUACGGGACCGACAUGAUCGAGAGGCUGAACGCGCUAUACGCAGCUCGCCACCCAGUGCGCGCUCCAGGCAGGAACGCGGUCAACGCAGAGCGUGAACAUUUCUUGGACCAGGUCAAGGCCAUCCACCAGAAGCAAGGCGGCGACGCCCCCCUUGCAGUACGUAGGUUGGGCACUUCGUCGUCAGUGGAGGCGGUCACUUACAUUCCUUUAUUGGACGGCGCUUCAUUCGGUUCGGUGCCAGUUCUACCUGCCCUCGGCGAUGCGCCUGCUCCGAUGGCGAUCGAGGAUGCGCCUGCGAACGCAGACGAGCAAGCCAUCGUCCCAGCAGCACCCGCAGCGGAGCACAGGAACUUCGAGGAGCCCAUCGUCGCGCGCAUCCCGAACCCGAACCUGCUACCAGGAGACCGCGCGGCCAGUGAAGAGGCCGAUGGCGAUGGCACCAAACGCGGGCUUAGCCGAUGCAUGUUGGCGAAGAAUCGGCACCUCGAAGAUGCUAGGAAGUCGAAAGGAUCACGGAUGACCUGGAGCGAAUGCUUAGCUCACGGCGAGGAGUUCAGGGAGCUCUAUGCAGAUGCAGAUCAAGAUGUCUACGCCGAAGCCUACACUGAUUGGCGGCAUAGUGGAGGUCAGCAUCAACAUGAGCAAGUACAACAACCUUACGAACUGUGGUGGGGAGGCGGCAGCAGAGCGAGCCCCUUUACGCCAGACGAGCUCUGCCAGUACAUCGUUCAGCACGGGCGGCCGAAGGACAGCGCCGUGUUCGACGUUGACCUCGUCGAGAGGAGGGCCACCCCAGAUUUCAAGACCAAGUUCACGGACACAGACGAGAUCGACCCUUGGGGUAUGUCACGUUCGGCGAGGAAUGCCGACAGACCUGGGUCGAGGGUUCCAGCAGCCUGGGAUGUCGUGGAAAAGGGCAUCUACAAUUUCUUGCUGUCUAUCAAUGCUGGCAAGGGCGAGGAUGACGCCUCGGACGUAAUGUUGAUCAUUGCAGGCCGAGCUGUCCACGGUAAUGGCCACAUGAGGUUUGCGAGCUUGGUCACCGACGUCACCUUCAACCCGCACGUUUUCGACGUGACGUUGAACGAGUUCGAGAAGCAUGCCGACGUAGUGUCGGAGGAGUUGGUGCUACCGUCUUGGGUGAAUAUCGCGGAGCGGCAGAGCAGGGUCAGCGUCAGGCAUCGAGCUAUCGAUACCAACACGUCGGACGAAUGGAUAAACUUACUCAUCGACAAGCUGCAGCAUAUGGACAUGUACAUCGCCGAUUACGAGAUCUGCCACGACACAGGGACGCUGAGGAGAUAA